AUGACCCCCAAACCCUUCUGGGGCCUCUUCUGCUGCUGCAGGGGCCCCUUGAAGGUCAUUUUGGCUUUGCUGGUGGCCCUCAGCCUUGCCCAGGGGCCCCCCGAGCUGCUGCUGCACAGCAAAGCCAGCAGCUGGGGCGUUGCAGCGCAGCAGGAGGGCCCUGCGGUCAUUCCAGGGGCCCCAGGGGCCCCCCGGGGGCCCCCGGGGCCCCUGAAGACCCAGUCUUCUGUGCACCAGCAGCCCCCAGCCCCCUCGGGCCUCGGGGGCCCCUGGGGGCCCCCAGGGGCCCCCACUAAGGGUUUACAUGCCCCUGCUGGCCCACCUGAGGAGCUGAGAGCCCUCUCAGGGGCCUCAGAGCCCUUGCUGGGGCAUUACGGCGAGGGUGGGGCCCCCGGGGGGCCCCCCCCUCGGCCUGUGGGCCCCCUAACAGCGGAAGUUGGUGCUGCUGCUGCUGCUUCGAGGCUGCCCUCAGGAGACGGGGGGCCCCUUGCUGCUUUUAGAGGGCCCCCCCUGCCGCUGCAGCAAAGUGCAGCAGCAAAAUGGCCUGCAGGCGACCCCAGGGGGGCCCCCCAAGAGGGGGGGUCCCCCCUAGAGGUUGGGGGCCCCUCGCAGCCCUUAAGUGAAGGCCAGUUGGUGGGCGCUGGGCAGGGACAGCAGCAGCAGCAGCAGCAGCAGUCGCUGCAGCAGAAUGCGCUGGGGCUGCCGCCGCAGCAACAGCCGCAACUGCAGGCCCAGCAGCAGCUGCUGCAGCCACAGGAGCAGCAGCAGCCGCAGCAACAGCCACUGCCGCCGCCGCUGCUGCAGCCUUCAAGCCCACAGCAGCCUCCGGAACAAGGGCUUGCAGCUGCAGCAGCAGCAGCAGCAGCAGCAGCAGCAGCUCCACAGAAUGCACCCUCUGGGGCUCCGCUCACAGCCAAGCCAGCAAACGCACAGAGGCUUGCGCGGGCCCCCGCAGCAGGGGCCCCCGGGGGGCCCCCUUCUUUGGACGCUCCUCAGGGGGCCCCCGUGGGGCCCCCCGAGGCCCCUCCAAUGGCUUCUCGGGCUUCACCAGGGGCCCCCUUGGGGGGCCCCCCAGGGGCCUCUCAAGAUCACCUGCCAGCUGUUCUGGUGACUGAAAAAGAGCCCCCAGAAACCCCCACAGGGGCCUCUCUGGGGGCUCCCACAGGGGCCCCUACAGGGGCCCCCACAGGGGCUCCUGCAGGGGGCUCCAUGGGGGCCCCUACGGGGGCCCCCUCAGAGGUCACCACGGGGGCCCCUACAGGGGGCACCAUGGGGGCCCCUGCGGAGGUGCUGGGGGCCCCUGAAGAGGCUUCGCCGGGGGGCCCCCCAAGUAGCCUCGCAGUUGAUUCUAUGGGGGCCCCUUCAGGGGCCCCUGGCAGCAGCAGCCCAGCUGCUUCUUCAGAAGCCCCAAAGAUCCCAGAAGGGGCCCCCACUGAUGCCCCAGCAGCAGGACCUGCGGGGGCCCCUGAAGUGGCCCCCAAGGAGGCCCCUAAAGAGGCCCCCGAAGGGGCCCCUGGAGGGGCCUCUGGAGGGGCCCCUGAAGGGGCCCCUGGAGAAAGCCCCGGAGGGGCCCCUAAGGAGGCCCCCCCAGGGGCCCCCUCAGAGGCCCCCCCAGGCGCCCCUGGAGGGGCCCCCUCAGGGCCCCCUGGGGGGGCCCCCGGGGGGGCCCCCGGUUCAUUUUGGGAAGCAGUAGUGGGGGCCCUGGGCUGUGGGGGAGUUUUGCCAGCUUCGUUUGGGGCGCUGCUGGGCAGUUUGCUGCUGCUGCUGCUGACGGGGGCCCUAGCAGCAACAGGGGGUACUGGGGGGGGGGCUGUGUUUCUGGCUGUUCUGUUGGGGGCCCUGAAGCUGCGGGUCAGAGACGCAAUUCCCUUGAGCAAGGUGAUGGUUUGCUGCUCCGCAUUCACGGGGACAUACAUGCACCGCAGGAGGGAAGUCCGCGAGGGGCUUUCUGCAGUAGACGAGAUGUGGCUGAACUUGCUGGUCCCAAUGGCCUUGAGCGGGACUUUGCUGGGGGUCCUUUUGAACUCUUUGUCCCCAGCAAGUUUGCUGCUGCCGCUGCUGCUGCUGGUCUUGGGGGCCCUUUGCUGCCGCUCGCUGCUGUCGGCGCUGCGCAUGUUCCAGCAGGAAGAAGAGGCCCGCAGCUCCGAGGCCUUUGAA